UUGAGGAAUAGCGCUGUAGCAGCUGUACUUCGGGAAUGAAAGUUUAGCUUGAUAUUUUCCCCUUAAAAAUAUUGUCCUUAAUCUACAAACGUGAAUGCAGAUAAUUGAGUGAUAUAGUGCCACGGAAUCUAUGAAUUCGAGGGCAAUUUUGCCCUCUGGCUGGGCGUUAGAGGAGUGCAUUGGAAUGAUCCUGCCACAGGCCACGAUGACCCGUGACUUAUUAUAUUUUAUGUAACCAACAGUUUUAAGAGUCACAGGUGGAUUUUUUGAGAAAUCCUCAAUUUACACAAUGAGUAACCACCCGUCCCAGCGGCGAGUUGCAAACAUCGGCUCUUUGCUUCUCACACCACAAGAGAACGAAUGCCUCUUCAACAAUCUUGGCAGGAAAUGCAUCACGCUGUGUUCAGCUGUGGUUCAGGUGUACGGGGCGGAUCGCAGCCAUGCCUGGAUCAAGAGGUGCUGUGGGGUGGCCUGCCUCGUCAAAGACAACCCCAAUAGAUCCUACUUCAUACGAGUCUUUGACAUCCGGGAAGGAAAGAUGCUGUUUGAACAAGAAUUGUACAAUAACUUCUCAUCAAAUUUCUCAAGAGCAUACUUCAUUUCAUUUCCAGGAGAUAGCUGCCAGGUGGGUCUUAACUUUGCCAGUGAAGAGGAAGCCAAGCGUUUCAGAGCAGCACUUGGAGACCUUCUCAACCGGCGAUCACGGCGAACAGAGAAAAGACGUGACCCUCCCAAUGGGCCAGCGUUACCCAUGGCGACCGUGGACAUCAAGAACCCGGAGAUCAGCAACAUCCAGCGCUUCCACAACAACUCGCACAUGAACAACAUGGUGCACGCCAAGAAGGAGAAGAAGGCCAGCAAGGCGGCCAAGAAGGGCAAGAAGCUGACCAAGGCAGACAUCGGCACCCCCAGCAACUUCCAGCACAUUGGCCACGUGGGAUGGGACCCAAACACAGGCUUUGAUCUGAACAACCUGGACCCUGAGCUGAAAAACCUGUUUGACAUGUGCGGCAUCUCGGAAGCCCAGCUGAAGGACAAGGAGACCUCCAAGGUCAUCUACGACUUCAUCGAGAAGAAGGGAGGCGUCGAGGCCGUCAAGAACGAACUCAGAAGACAAGCUCCACCACCUCCUCCAUCUCGCGGCGGGGCCCCUCCUCCUCCUCCCCCUCCCCACAUCUCCACACCGGCUCCGCCACCUCCCCCCUCCCGAGGCCGCGGCGCACCUCCUCCCCCGCCCCCUUCCAGAGCUCCGGUCUCCGCUCCGCCACCUCCCCCGCCCAGCCGAGUGGGCAUGGGCGCGCCGCCUCCCCCUCCGCCCUCCAGAGGACACCCCCCUCCUCCGCCCCCCUCGCACGCCUCCAUCGCCCCCCAUGGCCAUGCACCGCCACCCCCUCCGCCACCACCACCAUCCGCCCCGCCAGCACCCCCCAAGGGAGGAGGAGGAGGAGGUAUGGCACCUCCUCCACCACCUCCACCACCACCUCCUCCCCCACCCCCGCUGGAGCUGGACGGAGGCGGGGGCGGGGGCGGAAGUGGGGGCAUGGGUGGGCCUCCGGAACUCCCGGCGCUGGGCGGCAAGUCGGCGCUGCUGAGCCAGAUCCGCGAGGGCACGCAGCUGAAGAAGGUGGAGCAGAGCAGCCGGCCGGUGUCCAGCAGCACGGGCAGAGACGCCCUCCUGGACCAGAUCAGACAGGGCAUCCAGCUCAAGACCGUGUCCGACAGCCCUGAGUCUGGCCCUCCCACCCCGGCCCCCAGCGAAGGCAUCGUGGGAGCCCUCAUGGAGGUCAUGAAGAUCAGGAGCAAAGCCAUACGCUCCUCAGAUGAGGACGAGGACGAUGAUGACGAUGAAGAUUUUGAAGAUGAUGAUGAAUGGGAUGACUAGUUUGUGAUGUGCUUCACUUUGAUUCACUUUGCCCUAAACAAUAGCUGACACUAAAAGUUAUAAACGUAUGCUUCCAAAUUAUAUUGAAACUGUGUAAAUGGAUGGACAGGUUUUUUUUGUUUUUGUUGCUGUAUAUUUUGAUGCCUUUUCAUUUUUAAAGAAUUAAUCUGUGCAAUACCUCAUUUAAUCUUCAAGGCAUUGUCACGUAUCAUGUUUUUUUUUUUUUUCUGGGAUCACAAAUAUUCCACAUGCUUGUGUUCAUGGUCGGGUUUCAUUAUCAUUGUUGUUUGAAUGUUUUGUCUUUGUUUUGGUUUCCUCACUAAUGAGGAAGUAGAGAUGGGCAAGAUCCUACAUGUCGAGUUUUUUUUUUUUUUUUUUUUUUUUAAA